AUGGUGCUGGCUAGGGGACAGCGGACUAAGAACCAGCGCUGGCACCCGGUGCCCGCCUGGUCUCCAUCAUCCCGGACCUGCAGCUCUGGGCCCGGUGCCCGCUUAGUCCCCAUCGGUGCCCGCCUGGUCCCCGCCACCCGGACCUGCAGCCCUGGGCCCGGUGCCCGCUUGGUCCCCGUCAUCCCGGACCUGCAGCCCUGGGCCCGGUGCCCGUCUGGUCCCCGUCAUCCCGGACCCGCCGCCCUGGGCCCGGUGCCUGGUGCUCGCUUGAUCUCCGUUAUCCCGGACCGGUCGCCCUGGUCCCCAUCGGUGCCCGCCUUGUCCCCAUCGGUGCUCGCCUGGUCCCCGCCACCCGGACCUGCAGCCCUGGGCCCGGUGCCCGCUUGGUCCCCGUCAUCCCGGACCAGCCGCCCUGGUCCCCAUCGGUGCCCGCCUGGUCCCCGCCACCCGGACCUGCAGCCCUGGGCCCGGUGCCCGCUUAGUCUCCGUCAUCCCGGACCGGCCGCCCUGGGCCCGGUGCUCGCCGGGUCCCGUCACCCCCGCCCGGCCGCCCCGGCCCUCCGCCUAGGCGGCCGCCAUCUUACAGGGCGGGGCCCGCGGCCUCCCAGCCGCUGUCAGUCGGGUCCCCCGGCCCCACGGUCCCCGGGCGGCCCCCGGCUCCCGAGCAUCCAUCCCUCCGUCCCUCCUCGGCGUCCCCUCGCCCGCGAGGGUCCCCUCAACACUGUGUGUCCCGCGAGUCACCGCGAGAGACUGAGGAGGAAGAGCCCAAUGUGUGUCGCCGAACGAGGGUCCCCGCGCGCGCGGCGGUUCGGGCUGGCGCGGCGGGAUUCCGAGCUCCUCCCCUGCAUCCGCGAGCCACAGCGCUCUACCCUGAACCUCUGA